AGUUGUAGCCAUGCAUUUAGCAGUAGGCUGAUCACUUGCAUAAGAGAAUAGCAAUUCUUUACACGUUCUAGCGGUAGAAACAGCAGCGUGAGCGUCUCAAUGCAGGGGCAGCAAGAGCACCCCGAUGGCCACCAGCACAAGAGACUGCGCUAAGCAGACGACCAGCGCGCGCGUUCAUCUGUGCUUCUCAACCCCGAACCUCCUCUAGCGAAGAGAGAGGUGCCCAAAUCCGUUUUAGGAUAGCGCUUUUAUUUGUCCCUUUUUUUGUCCAUUCGAUGAAGAAGAACUGAUGACGAUGUAUCGGCGAUGGUGGAUUUCCCUUUUGUGCGUCUAUGGACUGAUGUGCCUCGUUCAUUCCAGAAAUCAUAUACCUCGAAAUGGAGACGCCUUGUCGCAGGCGAAGGCUGUUCGUGAUGCGAGCAGGUUCGCCUGGAAGGAGGACACGGUCCCUCUCCGUCUGCUCUACAGCAUGCACAACCACAGUCAAAUCACCCACGAUGUCAUCAGCACCAGGACUAGAGCCAGUUCCAGCCCCACACAGGGGAACCACGUGGCCCAAGCCAGCUUCCAGGUGGACGCGUUUGGUGAGCAGUUCAUCUUGGAUGUUGAACUGAACCAUGAUCUUCUGUCUUCAAAGUACGUGGAGAGGCAUAUUUCAGAAAAUGGGAAGGCUGUCAUAUUCAAAGGAGGAGAACAUUGUUAUUACCAGGGGGUAGUGCGGGACAUCCCUGAAUCCUUUGUGGCCCUCUCCACCUGCCACGGCCUGCAUGGGAUGUUCUUUGAUGGGAAUCACACCUACAUGAUCGAGCCUGGAGGAAAGGACCACAUCAGCCCUGGACAGAACCACCAAGCCAGGCAGCAGGAAGGCAGCCAAGAGGAACCAGAACCAGGGAGCCAGGCAGUAGGAAGGCAGCCAAGAGGAACCAGAACCAGGGAGCCAGGCAGUAGGAACCAGAACCAGGGAGCCAGGCAGUACUACCCAGUCCCUCAGGCUGUGCUGGGGCCAGGGCUGGUUGGGGAGGUGUGGGGGAUGGCGCUGGAUGGAGAUGUGGAGGCCUUAUCAGAGCAGCAGCAUGUCUUAGACAUGCCUGCCAUACACAGCACCAGGGCCAGGGAGCCAAACAGUAGCCCAGUCGGUGACAAGCCGUGUCACUCGCCACUGUGGGAUCAGCGCCGCCACAGCGAUGCCGCCAACAGAGAUGAAGGCGAUGAUGAAGGAGAAGGCAUUGGUGGCGUGGAUGUCCCGGCACGACAUUGCCGCAGACAGGAGGGUGAUGUCCAGAUCCACAUGAUCUAUAAAUCAGCAGGACAAGAGGCAGCAGCUUACUUCCUUCCUAUUGUUGACCUCCCAGAGCCUCCAUUUCCUGGGUCAAAGGUCAUCCACAGGAGGAAGAAGAGACAGGCCCCGCGGGUUGGAGGCAGUGUAACCGAGGAGACCAAGUACAUCGAGCUGAUGGUGAUCAACGACCAUCUGAUGUAUAAAAAGCAUCGUCUCUCUGUUGGUCAGACGAAUAACUAUGCUAAGUCUGUGGUCAAUAUGGCUGAUAUGAUCUUCAAGGAGCAGCUCAACACCCGCAUCGUGCUGGUUGCCAUGGAGACGUGGGCGGCUGACAACCGGUUCAACAUCGACGACGACCCCAUGAUGACCUUGAGGGAGUUCAUGAAGUACAGACGAGACUUCAUCAAGGAGAAAUGUGACUCCGUGCAUCUUUUCUCAGGGAACCGGUUCCAUAGCAGCUGGGGAGGAGCUUCCUAUAUGGGAGGAGUAUGUUCUCUAACUAAAGGAGGAGGAGUCAAUGAGUAUGGGAAGACAGAUGAGAUGGCCAUAACCCUGGCCCAGUCUCUGGGACAAAACAUUGGCAUCUUUUCUGACAAGAAGAGGAUCCUCAACGGCGAGUGCAAGUGUGAUGACCGUUGGUCUGGCUGCAUCAUGGAUGAUGUUGGCUUCUACCUGCCCAAGAGGUUCUCCAACUGCAAUGUGGAGGAGUACCACACCUUCCUCAACACUGGUGGUGGAGCCUGUCUCUUCAACAAACCCAUAAAGCUGGUUGACCCUCCAGAGUGUGGGAAUGGUUUGGUGGAGUCAGGGGAGGAGUGUGACUGUGGUAGCCCAGCGGAGUGCGAGAGGGAGGGAGAGAAGUGCUGUCAGAAGUGUACACUCACACAAGGCUCAAAGUGUAGCGACGGACUCUGCUGUAACAACUGUCAGAUGGAGUUUAUGGGCGUGGUGUGUAGGGAGGCAGUGAAUGACUGUGAUAUUCCAGAGAACUGCACUGGUAACUCCAGCCAGUGUCCCCCGAACGUGCACAAGAUGGACGGCUACUCAUGUGAAAAGGAACAGGGUCGUUGCUUCAACGGGAGGUGCAAGACCAAAGACAGACAGUGCAAGUACCUGUGGGGAGAGAAGGCGACCGCUGCUGACAAGUUCUGUUAUGAGAAGUUGAAUAUCGAGGGGACAGAGAAGGGGAACUGUGGGAAGGACAAAGACACAUGGGUCCAAUGCAACAAGCAAGACGUGCAUUGUGGGUACCUGCUAUGUUCCAACAUAUCGCCGGCCCCCCGACUGGGAGAGUUGCAGGGGGGACUGACGUCCUUCUCUGUUGCACAGCACAGUGCCUCGCUGGACUGCAGUGGGGGUCAUGUGAUGAUAGACGGGGACAGUGACCUGGGCUAUGUGGAGGAUGGGACAGCCUGUGGGACAGAGAGGGUCUGCUUCAACCACAAGUGUCUGCCCCUUCAGGAGUUCAACUUCAGCACCUGCCCUGGAACCACCGAGAAGACUAUCUGUUCUGGACACGGGAUUUGUAGUAACGAGCUGAAGUGUGUGUGUCACUUGGGUUGGACUGGAGACGAUUGUAACUCCACGUCUCCUCUCAGCUACCUGGUGGUUGGACCCACCGCCUCUGUAUCAGGUAUCACCAGUACUAACAUCAUCAUCGGGGCCAUCGCUGGCUCCAUUCUGUUCCUGGCUCUCAUCCUGGCCAUCACCGCCUGGGGAUACAAGAGCUACAGACAGCGGUGCUACGUUGAGUCAGAGGUUCACAGAAGAUUCUGCAGGCAAAUGCCUCCGGGUGACUAUGUGAAGAAACCCGGGGAUGCAGACUCGUUCUACAGUGACCUGGCCCCUGGGGUCAGCACCAACUCAGGCUGUAGCUCCAAGAAGAGGUCUGGCUGUCUGUCUAACCUGCAGAUAUACACGCUCUCUUUCCCCCCCUCCAUCGCCUCCAUCUCACAAAACAUCUCUCUGUUUGCAUUCAGGUCUAACGGUCUGUCCCACUCGUGGAGCGAGCGAAUCCCUGACGCCAAACACAUCUCUGACAUUUGUGAGAACGGACGACCCAGGAGCAACUCAUGGCAAGGAAAUCUGAGUGGAAAUCGCAAGAAGUCUAAAGGGAAGAAGUUCCGUCCUCGCUCCAACUCUACAGAGUAUUUAACCCCUCGCUUCCAAACAGAGCAUUAUGAUGUAACUAAGUGGGUAGAAGAUGUGAAUAAAAACAGUGAAGGACCCUACCUUAGGACGCUCUCCCCGGCGAAGUCGCCCACCUCCUCCACGGGGUCCAUUGCAUCCAGCCGGAGGUACCCUUACCCCAUGCCCCCCCUCCCCGACGACCAGAAGAAGGCCAACAGGCAGAGUGCCAGGCUGUGGGAGACUUCAAUAUAACACUCCUGUUAUCUACUCUGCAAAACUACUUAAGAACUACAUUUUCGUCCACUUUUUUAUGAAUUAAAAAAUGCAAAGCAAAACAAAAUUGAAACAAAAUGACGAAAAAAGUGAGCAACUGGUGUGAGCGGAAAAGAGAAGCAGAGGAAGAUGAAGAGGAGGAAGGUGUGAGAGUGUGUACGAGGUCCGUCAGACCUGACCUGCUCAGUAGGGGAUGCUACAGGAGCCAUCUGUCAUUCCUACACUGACAAGCCAAGACAGAACGAGGCAAGACAAGAUCCCUUUCAGAUUAGUUGGAGAUCCACCAGAGAUCAGCCCUUCACUCAUUGGUGAGGAAAAAGCAAAGCUGUUGUGAUGGUAACAGUGCAGACAGAGAGGAGAGGCCUCGUUGUGGAUGCCUCCCCCACUCCCAACACCCCAACAUCCCCCCCAGCUUCCACCACACUCUUCUAGCUCCUCCCUCAAACCGUCCCACCUUACCUUACUCACCUCUCCCCCCAACCCCCCUCUGGCCCUGCCCCUAUGUAAACUCUCUCCUCUGAUUGGUGCUCCUCUCUGUUGAGGGGCGCGGACAGCUAUCAUAUCGGCAGAUUUCUCUACCAUUUUGAAGCACGCUGUUUAAUUACUGUAGAAAACUCCAACACUGUAUGCAUGAGAACCCCCUGUUAAUCAACUUUUCCUAGUGUCACAAAGAAGAAGUCUGGGACGGACAGCAUGCGGGGGAUGGUGAUGUCAUACGUACUGUAGGCCUUUAAGCUUUCUUUACAUUAUAGGCUUCUUCUAUCUCUGUGAUCAGCGACUCAUUAUGAACUGUAUCACACAUUAUACUAGCCAACUGCCCCUGACAUGGACCCUAGACCCUCCCUGUUCUCUUUCUUUCGCCGUGUCAGGUUUCCCUGAAGGAUUUGGUUAUCGUUGUAAAUAUGUACAGCUUAAAGGCAGAGUAAUGUGUGCUUUUCUUUUUUACUUACUGGGAGGCGAAUGAUGAAGGGAUGCUCCCCCUCUCCUCCUCCUGCUGUGGUUCGUGUUGUAGACAGACAGGGUCUCCGUAGGUCUUUGUAGAGACCCCGUACUUGUUUUUUCUGUCUGUUUCUCUCUUUUCACUUCUGGCUGAACUCUCUCUCUUCUCUCCCGUGUGUCUGUGUGAACACUCCAGCUUUCUUUUUCUUCCACAGCAGAAUGUACAAACAGUGUUCUAUAUUUCCUCUUUGUGUCAUCCCUUUCUCUGAGUAAUGCACUCAGUCACAGCCCGUCAUAAUUAAGACAGUAAAGUUAAGAAUGUCAUUGAUUUAUAACAUUAACUGAGCAUUUUAUCCAUUUGGAUAUUGAUAAUGAUGAAUAUAUUUUGAACUAAGAGCCCUUCCUCGCUACAGAGGGGAGAGAACAAGUGUUCUUUUGUAGUUUUAGAUGUGAUAUACAUGUUCAUUUGGCCAUGGUGAUUUAGAGAAGUUGGAGAAAUGUCCUGUGACUAUAAUCAUUCCACACUACGGUCUGUCUGUACAGCAGGGACAGACUGGCCAUCUGGCAUUUUGGGCAAAUGCAAGAUGGCCUGGUCCAUUUUUUACACAGUGGGUCUUACUUGUUUUUUAAGGGGGGCAAAAUGAUUAUUAUCUUGCUAAUAAUGGGGGCCUCGAGGAAAGAAAUGGGCCGUUGUGUUUAAAAUGCCAGAGCCGAUUUCUGGUCCCAGUCCGCCCCUGGUGUACAGUGUGAGACCAGACAUAACAGAUAGAUACAACUGGAACCGACAACGCCACUGAGAUCCAACUGGACGAUGUGGGAAUAACAAUGUGGAAACUGAACAUUGUCAGAUGAAUUUGGAAUUUGUUUGGAUAAAAUUAUUAAAAUGUGCAUUUUUUGCUUUUGUUUUGUUUCAUUACAUUUACAUUACAUUUAAGUCAUUUAGCAGACGCUCUGUAAGUUUGCCCUGCUGUCUGUAAAUGAUGAAGUGUCCUGUACAGUGCUUGCUGUUUGAGAUUUAUAAGACCAUCAGAAUGACAACGGAUCUACUAGCUAACACACUAUCGCUGUUCUCUGGUAAUCUGUCUGUGAGGCUGUAAUACGAAAUAAGCAUGUCAUUGAAAUAGUGUUUUCCUUGAUUGCCAAUUGCUGUUAUCUUCUUGGAAUUUCAUACCAUAAACCCCAUAUCAGUAGUGAACAGGUUUUCAACAUAAUCAACCAGGUCUCAAAACAUUUUCAUGAAUGGCCCGAGUAAUCUAGUGGUUUAAAUGUGGUUUAAGAUUCAGGUUCUUACCUACUCAGAGUAGGAUAAAUUGUCCCUAGUCACUGAUCCGAGGUCAGUUUUGUAUCUUACCCCCCUGAUGGUAAAUGUUGUGAAUUGGGGAGUGGAAAGCUGAUCUUAGAUCUGUGGCUAAAGGGAAACUUAUUUGUACAGAAGUCACAACCCCCAUCCUGUAGUUACUGUACUGUCCAUAUCAGUUAAGCCUGCUGUAUGUUAACUCCGUAUGCUUAAGUUUAAAAUGUGGGCACUGAUCGUUUUGAUUUUCUACUGUAUGCAUUAUGACUGCAAAGAUAUUAAGAUCACCACUAUAUCACAUUAAUAUUGCUACUGUAUGACAAGUCUCAAGUAUUUUAUUUUUUACUAUUAAGUACCUUUAUAUGUUCACUUCUCAGUGUUGUGUACAGCCGUUAUUCAGACAGACCAACUGCAUUAUUGUUCUUCUGUGCGUUGAGUGGAACGGAGAUAUGAUGCAGACAUUUUAGUUUUUUAAAGCACACAUUCGUCUUGGACUGCUCUGGCAUGUGAAGAUCUGUACGUGUCUUUUAUGGUAUGAUGGGACGCAGCUAUGGCAACAUGGGGUGCAUUAUGCUAUAGGGAUCUGUGCAGGUGAGCUCAUGUUGACUAAAGCUCUCAUCACUCUUGUCUUAUUUCCAUUACGAUAUGAUUGGCUGGUGCUUAGUAACUUGAGUUUUGACCAAGGGAUUCCCUAGGCCGUGGUAAUAUGCAAAUAAAGGAUCAUACUUGUCAAGCAAUAUUUAAAAUAUCAUAUUGUCUGAAUUCUGACAUCUAUGAUAAUUUACCUGCAGGUCAUAGGAUUGAGGUAUAUUAGAUGGUGGCAGGUGGAACCUGUCCAGGUAACAAGAUGUAACUUGUCUGAUGUGUGUUAUCUGUAUUAGUGGCUUGACUGACGUAACCCAACCGGACCCACAGAGAAACGUCCAAACGCCACAAAGUAGGGACAGAUUCUUGAAUGUAUCAAUACAACCAAGCACCAAGCCGUGGCCUGUGGAGAAGUAGGUUAUAUCAGGCCUCUGAAUGCACCAUGCAGUCUACUGAGACGUAGGUUAUAUCAGGCCUCUGAAUGCACCAUGAAGUCUACUGAGAGGUAGGUUAUAUCAGGCCUCUGAAUGCACCAUGCAGUCUACUGAGAUGUAGGUUAUAUCAGGCCUCUGAAUGCACCAUGCAGUCUACUGAGAUGUAGGUUAUAUCAGGCCUCUGAAUGCACCAUGCAGUCUACUGAGAUGUAGGUUAUAUCAGGCCUCUGAAUGCACCAUGCAGUCUACUGAGAUGUAGGUUAUAUCAGGCCUCUGAAUGCACCAUGCAGUCUACUGAGAUGUAGGUUAUAUCAGGCCUCUGAAUGCACCAUGCAGUCUACUGAGAUGUAGGUUAUAUCAGGCCUCUGAAUGCACCAUGCAGUCUACUGAGAUGUAGGUUAUAUCAGGCCUCUGAACGCACCAUGAAGUCUACUGAGAUGUAGGUUAUAUCAGGCCUCUGAAUGCACCAUGAAGUCUACUGAGAUGUAGGUUAUAUCAGGCCUCUGAAUGCACCAUGCAGUCUACUGAGAUGUAGGUUAUAUCAGGCCUCUGAACGCACCAUGCAGUCUACUGAGAUGUAGGUUAUAUCAGGCCUCUGAACGCACCAUGCAGUCUACUGAGACGUAGGUUAUAUCAGGCCUCUGAACGCACCAUGCAGUCCCAUCCUGCUGCAGUAUGCUCCUACUGCGACCAUAACCUUCAUAUGUACCGCUACAAAAUGUAUAUAGUCGGUUCCCAAAUGAUUACCACCCUGCAUGAGCAAUAUUGACUGUAAAAUAAAUAAUUCCAAUACUGACCUAAAUUGUAUGUAACAAAUAAAAUUGGGAAAUCAUAUUAUUUGAUAAUACUUUUGCUCAGAGAAAGAUCUACCUCAAAAAGGUUAGGGGUCAAAAUGAUUGAAACGCCAAAGGGUUCUUAUAAAGUAGUCAAAACUUUCAUAUUCGGUCCCAUAUUCCUACAGCACACAAUGACCACACCAAGCUUGUGACUCUAAAAACUUGUUGGAUGCAAAAAUGCGUGCUAGGAAUAUGGGACCAAAUAAAUUUUUGACUGACUUUAUUUGUAAGAAUCUUUAGGGGUGUCAAUUUUGACAUUCCUUUUUGAGAUAAAUAAGUAUUACUUGUUAAACAAUCUUUCACUGAGCAAAAAAUACAAUAUAGCUUAGUAUUUUAAUUAUUUUACAGUCAUUAUUGCUCAUCUUUAUGGAGGGUGUCAAUCAUUAAGACCCCACUGUAUAAUUACAGCACUUGUCUUUUACUGUAUGCUGUACAAUGACUGACAAUGCAAAAAUCAAUGCCCAUAUUUGUUUUUCUUUUCUUACAAUAUCAUUCAGUAUUGUAAUAUAUUUAAUAUAAAAUAAAACUUUCAGCGAUA